AUGCCCCUCAUCACGGCCCCUUCAGUCCCUCUUGCACAGCUUCCCCCUGAGUAUGCACUAGAGGACGACCGUCGCCGCUCUGAAACCUCCAGUUCCACCGCUUUCACGACCGGCAUCAACAGACGGGAUAACUACACUGCAUCGUAUGUGGGGUUUGUUCGGUGCCAGAAAUCAUGGCAAGGCCUCCGGCAACGGCUGUGGCUUCCCGCCACUGCCAGAGCAUCAGCGAAGCACGACCCGAGGAAUGGUUUCGUGAUAUGCCCAAACCACCACCACCAAUUCAACUUCUACAUGUUCUUUAUCCGCUUCAUACCCCACAGCGACAUCACACGUGCUCGCUACGUGCUCAUAAACCUCGGACAAUUACAGGAUCUUGACGAAUUCCACGGCAAAGCUGUCGCCCUCGACCCUCAAGACGCCCUCGCCCCCUUCCCCUCGCUUUUUCUAAUCCAUGAAAUGCGUGUUCGAGGGUUCAACCCGCUCAACACCACUAUCCCGGACGUCCCGGAAGACAUCGAAUGGCAGCCCUGGAUUCCCCGCGAAAAUGUCUUGCGGACCGACGGCGGACAAGGUCACUUUGACCGCGACGGAGUGCUGGUGCGCGCGGACGACGGUCGCACGCGCGGGGCGUCCGGGCCGAGACAUCCUCUCCCCAGUGUCGACAACUCGGUCGCCCAGAUUCUGCGCGCGCAGCGCUUGAUGCCGACGUGGCGCGCGUUCGUGAUGGAGAACACGGCGCGGGAUGGGACGGCGGAGGAAAACACCCAGAAGUUCAUCGCUGCUGUCGGUGUCGAAGACUCACCGGUUGGGCAGGAGCAGGAUGAACUGGAUGGGCAGGAUGAUCGGGCGUGA